ACCUCUAUUGCAUGUCCCUUCUCUCUCUCAGUUUUCGUCCUUAAAUCCCAAAGCAAACCCCAAAUCUUCUUCUUCAAUCUAUGGCAGUUGAAGCUUCGCAUCUCAACCUCUUCUCUCCUCAAUUCUUAGCUACCAGGGAAAUGAUGAUUCCUUUUGAAGCAAACGGGAAUAUGUUUGAAACCCGGAUGGGAUAUGGAGUUCCAUUAUCGACUGCGGCGGCGACACAAGGAUUGCUUCCUUCGUAUAACUCUUUGGUUACCGAUCAAAAGACUGUUGCACCGGCGAUCAAAUCGGAGAGUACUUUGACGUGCAACAAUCUUCCAUUGAAGCGUUCUAGAGACUUAUUUCAAUGGCAGCCCCAUAACAUCAACGAUAUUUCCUUUCAUAUGGAGCAGCAACAGUUUGAUAUCGAUCGCCUUAUCUCACAACAUAUGGAGGAAAUGAGGACGGAAAUAGAAGAGAAAAGGAAGAGGCAGGCCCAGAAAUUAAUGGAAGCCGUUGAAGAAAGAGUAACGAAGAAACUAAGAGGAAAAGACGAGGAAAUCGAGAAGAUUGAGAAAUUAAAUUGGGCGCUUGAAGAAAGGGUGAAAUCACUUUGCAUAGAGAACCAAAUAUGGCGAGACUUGGCUCAAACCAAUGAGGCCACCGCCACUGCCCUCCGGUCCAACCUAGAACAAGUCCUUGCAGCGGCGGCGCAGCAGGUUAAGGUCGGCGAGAGAAACCCUGGUGUCAGAUUACAAACGACUGCCAUGGCAGAUGAGGUUGACGAUGCACAAUCAUGUUGUGACAGCAGUUGGGAGGUGGAGAGACGCACGCUCUUGGGAGCGGCGGGCUCCGGCGAGAAGAAUGGAGACGGCAGCAGGCUAUGCCGGAACUGUGGGGAGGAGGAAUCCUGUGUGUUGCUGUUACCGUGCAGGCAUUUGUGCUUGUGUACCGUUUGUGGGUCUCGCCUUCUUAUUUGUCCAAUUUGUAAAUCUCCAAAGAACGCAAUCCUUCAUAUCAAAAUGUCGUAAAAUAAUAAUGCAUGUAUUUACGGCGUUUAAUUAUUUUUAUACAAUAAAAUAUUAAAAUAUAAUAUACAA